CUCGUACACAUCAACCAAGCUUUUUUGCGGGAAAAACUUCCGAUCCAUUCAUCAAUAGUCAUGGCGGUACAAAGACACCAGAAGUAACAAAAAUUUCAUCCUGGCCCAUAGACUACCUAGCGACGACUACAAGCACUGGAGCGAGCCGAAGACACACUGCCAUCAUCACCCCUCCCUUACCCGAGACGGAAAACCUUGUUGUAGUAGACACUCAAAAGGUCAUCGUGCUAAGGCCUCACAAAAUCUUAUUUAAUAUUGUUAGUUUGACUUCCGAACAUCCAAUGCACCGGUAGCACCACAAUCUAGGUGCACCGGAUAACCCAGCCACGUGCACGGUUUCUCCCUCUCGAAUAUUUUUGUAUGCGCCAUCAUCUCCUAGCGCUCACCAUCUUGGGGUACAUUGACAAGGUCUACCACGGAAUAGCACCCUUCGUCUUCCCCACCAACCCCAACCAACGUGCCAUGCCUCGGUUCUGGGCCGCCUACAUUGCUAACAAGAUAGUUGCACCACGGUGGAAGAUGUUUGGGAGGAAGACAGACAAGAAGAAAGAUGAAGGAAGGGAGGAGAUUUUUGCAUCAGAGGAGACACAACAACGGGCACUGACGGAAUGCUGCAGGGGUAAGCCUUUCUUCGGCGGAGACAAUGUCAGGUAUGUUGAUGUCAUUUUGGGUGGUAUGGUCAGUACGAUGCAACCAACCGGGGAGCUCUAUGGUAGGGUGUUCCAUGACGCCACCAAGACCCCGCUUUUGCUCGUAUGGAUGAUGGAUCACUUUAGCGAGCUAGACCCUGCCAAGAUGGUUCUUCCAGACAUCGGUAGGUUGGCCGCGUUUGCCAAGAUGAAACAGGCCCAGAAGGCUCUAAAUUAA